AAAUAUUUUAUAUUUGAGAUUCUUCAAAGUAGCCACCUUUUGCCUUGACAGCUUUGCAUACACUUGGUAUUCUUUCAACCAGUUCCAUGAGGUAGUCACCUGGAAUGCAUUUCAAUUAACAGGUGUGCCUUGUUAAGUUCAUUUCUGGAAUUUCUUUCCUUCUUAAUGCGUUUCGGCCAGUCAGUUGUGUUGUAACAAGGUAUGGGUUGGGGGUAUGCAGAAGAUAGCCCUAUCUGGUAAAAGUCCAUAUUAUUGCAAGAACAGCUCAAAUAAGCAAACAGUCCAUCAUUAUUUUAAGACAUGAAUGUCAGUCAAUCCGCAAAUGUCAAGAACUUUGAAAGUUUCUUCAAGUGCAGUCGGAAAAACCAUCAAGCGCUAUGAUGAAACUGGCUCUCAUGAGGACCGCCACAGGAAAGGAAGCACCAGAUUUACCUCUACUGCACAGGAUAAGUUCAUUAUAGUUACCAGCCUCAGAAAUUGCAGCCCAAAUAAAUUCAGACAUCUCAGCAUCAACUGUUCAGAGGAGACUGUGUGAAUCAGGCCUUCAUGAUAAAAUUGCUACAAAGAAACCAUUAAGAAGACUUGCUUGGGUCAAGAAAAACGAGCAAUGGAUAUUAGACUGGUGGAAAUCUGUCCUUUGGUCUGAUAAGUACAAAUUUUAGAUUUUUAGUUCCAACCCCUGUGUCUUUGUGAGACGCAGAGUAGGUGAACGGAUGAUCUCUGCAUUUGUGGUUCCCACUGUGAAGCAUGGAGGAGGUGUGGGGGUGCUUUGCUGGUGACACUGUCAGUGAUUUAUUUAGAAUUCAAGGCACGCUUAACCAGCAUGGCUCCCACAGCAUUCUGCAGCGAUACGCCAUCCCAUCUGGUUUGAUCUUAGUCCCACUAUCAUUUGUUUUUCAACAGGAAAAUUACCCAACACACAUCCAGGCUGUGUAAGGGCUAUUUUACCAAUAAGAAGAGUGACGGAGUGCUGCAUCAGAGGACCUGGCCUGUUCAAUCACCCAACCUCAACCCAAUUGAGGUGGUUUGGGAUGAGUUGGACCGCAGAGUGAUGUAAAAGCAGCCAAGUGCUCAGCAUAUGUGGGAACUCCUUCAAGACUGUUGGAAAAGCAUUCCAGGUGAAGCUGGUUGAGAGAAUGCCAAGAGAGUGAAAAGCUGUCAUCAAGGCAAAGGGUGGCUACUUUGAAGAAUCAAAAAUAUUUUGAUUUGAUUAACACUUUUUUUAGUUGCUACAUGAUUCCUUAUGUGUUUAUUAUUCUUCAAUGUAGAAAAUAGUAAAAGUAAAGAAAAACCCUUGAAUGAGUAGGUUUGUCCAAACAUUUUACUGGUACUGUAUAUAUAUUUUUUUACCAAGCGAAACUUCUCAAAAGGCACCGAAUUGGUGGAACGACCUCUCUCUUUUGUACUCUCCCUCCCAUGUCUUGCCUCUUAUCUCUCUCACACAUUUGCUCCUCAUCCCUUCUGAAAUGGUGUAUGUGUAGCUUGGCAUUGUUAUAUGAUGACAGGGCAGUAUAAACAGAUAGGUAUCGUACGUCAUGUCUGUAAUCUGUCUCUGAUUGUGUUAGGACAUCAAAGGUCCAAGCCCUGAAAUGUUGACGUGCCCGUAUCCAGGCUACCAUCACCGUAGCAAUAGAAGUUAAAGGGAGAAAAAAAGCCUCUUCUCACUGCCAGUAUUUUUUUUUUGUCCCAGUGAGAUUGUGAGCUCCUCUCUUCAAUUCUCUCUCGAACUCUCCUCUUGUCGGUUUACUGUUUGGUGGUUGUGACCCCUCUAUUAUACCAUGGGAGACCCUGUGCCUUUCUCCAUCCUGAACGAGAGACUGAGACCACAGUUCACUGCCAUGGAACAACUCUGCUACUCCCUGCACACCCUGGAAGAUGGACACCAGCUGCCUGGCACUGUCUGUGGCAGUUCAACCACACGGUCUACAAUACUGAGAGAGGAAAUACAAACACAGGACGAUUCAAGCUCGACCAUGACUGAACCAGAGGAUGACCCAGAGAAGGAGGAUGUGGUCACAGAAGGGUCGACUUCGCUGACCGAAGAGGGGGACAAUUGUCAUGAUCUGUUGACCAUGACCAGUACCUGCUUGAUGCCGUCUUUGACCGCAGAAGAUGCUGGUCCUGAUGGUUCUGGUGAGCUGGCCAUGGUCAAGGAGAGUUUGGCCAUAGAGAAUGGCGAUCCAGGUGGUUUGACCAUGGUCAGUGAGGGAGAUGGUUCUGAUGAGGUCAGUGAGGAUAAGAGCCCUUUCAGACGGAGCUACGUAGACAGAACCUUACCGGACCUCAUCAGGAGUGAACGACAGCUCGGCAGACGCAGAACAUUAGGACCAGUGUCAGACACGUUGAAGGAAGUGCGUCGGGAGGUGGCGCUGUCAGUGAGACGCAGUCUGAGGCUGAAGGCUCAGGUGGACAAACUACAGGAGAACAGAGACGAACCGGGAUGGAGCCAACACAGGGAGAAGGUUACAGAGGACGUUCAGUCCGUUCUGAGGUUGUUGCUUCCUCUGACAGAAGCAGAGUCCAGCACAGUAGAACCAUCUGUUCAGGAGAGCAGUCUGGAUACAGCGCUGGUCCUGCUGCAGAACGUCGCACGCAAACUAGCUCUCAGCCACACAGCACAGGAUUCCCAGUUCUGGGUUAAAAAAGGGAAUGGUGUGGAUGACAGUGCUGUUCUACAACAGGCACUACGUGACAGAGACGAUGCCAUGGACAAGAAGAAGGCCAUGGAGGCGGAGCUUCUCCGCAGUAAGACAGAGAUGAUGUUACUGAACAACCAGCUGUUGGAGGCUGUGCAGAAACGACUGGAGCUCUCACUGGAACUAGAGGCCUGGAAGGACGACAUCCAGAGGAUCCUGCAGCAGCAGCUCCAGAGCCAGCAGGCAGCAGAACAAGCCCAGAGGAAACCCUCCCGUCUGGGGCUGCUGAGGAGGACUAAAGAACCCCCACAGAGGCUAGCCUCCACCCCUACCACCUUGACCUACACCCCUGGACAGGUCGUCCAUACCCCUGCCCCCUCUCCGGCCCCUGUUACAUGGAGGGACAGGCUGAAGAGGGGGAAGACGGGUCGUCAUGGUGACCAGGAUGCAGCGCAGGCGUCACCGGUGUCGCGGUCGUCGAGUAGCAGCAGCAGACUGGAGAGGUUUCAUACCAUAGACUUAUAAUACAACAUAGCAUGAGAGGGACAAAUCAUAGAUACUUUAUACAUUUUUUAAACUGCUGAUUCCUACUGGGAGAGAUACAUGGAUUGAGCUGAUAGUUGACAUGCAUUACACACAUUCACAUAGAUUAAUUCUCUACUUGAGGAAAACAUUAUUCAGUGGUAAUGGUGAACUUCAUACUACAUUUGGGUUGUAGAUUCCCUCCAACUGUAAUCAUUAAACUAUAACGCGUGUCUUUGAUUAAAGUAAUUUAAACGUC